CAAUGGUUAUGAGAACUACAAUUCCCGACAAUUUGCAUUUCCUGGUUGGCCAGCUCCUGAGAUACCGUUGGACAAAAUUAGUACAAAUGCCUGUGAUUGGUUAUGGGUCGCCAUGUUUUCGCCGAGCCGGAUCUGUUUAGAUGUGGAGCUAGCCGGUUAGCUCUUGCGGCUAGUUACUUACAUACCCAAUUUGGAAACGUUAACACAUCCCUCUCCCCGUUCAUACCGGGUUUGCUCAAUCGCAAUGCCGGUUCAUUCCCGGGAGAAAAAGGAGAGUAACCACGAAGAAAUGGAGGUGGAUUUCCCCGAGCAAGACGGCAGCAGCACAGACGAAGAGGACACCGUUAGCUCGUCUGUGUCUGAAGAUGGAGACAGCUCGGAGAUGGAUGACGAGGACUGUGAGAGGAGGCGGAUGGAGUGCCUGGAUGAGAUGACCACCCUGGAGAAACAGUUUACAGACUUGAAGGAACAGUUGUAUAAAGAACGACUGAGCCAGGUGGACAUCAAGCUGCAGGAGGUGAUGGCUGGUUGUGCCCAAGAGUACCUUGAGCCUUUAGCCAACCUUCAAGAGAACAUGCAGAUCAGGACCAAAGUGGCUGGAAUCUACAGGGAGCUGUGCUUGGAGUCAGUGAAGAACAAGUACGAGUGUGAGAUACAAGCGGCUUGCCAACACUGGGAGAGUGAAAAGUUGUUGCUUUUUGACACAGUGCAAAGCGAACUGGAGGAGAAGAUUAGAAGGCUGGAGGAGGACAGACAUAGUAUUGACAUUACCUCAGAGUUGUGGAAUGAUGGUUUGCACUCACGAAAAAAUAAGAAAAAAGACCCAUUCUGCCCCGUCAAGAAGAAGAAGCCUGUUGUUGUUUCUGGGCCAUAUAUUGUUUACAUGCUGCAAGACCUGGAUAUUCUUGAAGACUGGACAGCGAUACGAAAGGCUAUGGCAUCACUAGGGCCGCAUCGGGUGAAGGUCGAUGCCCCUGCUGUGAAGCCUGACAGGCACCACCACGUGGCACGCUCCGAGGAUGGACGCCUUUUCUAUGACAGCCAGUGGUACUGCAGAGGACAAGCUAUCUGCAUCAAUAGGAAGGAUGAGUACCCCACUAGUGCCAUCAUCACUACCAUUAACCAUGACGAGGUGUGGUUCAAGCGAUUGGACGGCACCAAAUCUAAGCUCUACAUCUCCCAACUGCAGAAAGGCAAAUACACUAUCAAGCACUCCUAAACACACACACACACACACACACACACACACACACACACACACACACACACACACACACACGUCCAUUCUGCACUCUCACCUUCUAUUCUCGUCCUCUUUUCUCUUUCUGUCAUUAUCCCAGCUCUGUCAAUACUUGCCAUACAUAUGGAGAUACACACACACACCAAAAUAAAGCUCCACAUAUACUUUAGAUCAAAUAUACACACGCAUACGGAACCUCACUCUCUCUCCCUGUGAGUAAUCAUCAUGAACUCUUUAUCAACUGACGUCCUCUUUAGAUGCUCUGGAGAGGGGCUGCGCUUCUCUGUAAAUAUGUACGUAUGUUGAUAUUUUGAUGAGGUCACAAAGUGUCAUUCUCUCUGGAGAGGAGCUCAAUGAAAA